AACCUACACCACAGUUACUAAGAGGAUAAAUAGACUGAACUUCCGUCUGAACAAGCCACUGAAUAUAGAAGACUUGAUACAGGAGGCAGCAUGGGAGACCUUACUUUUCUCUCCGGAUUGCUGGCCAAAGUGUCAGAGCACUCGACGGUGGUGGGGAAGGUGUGGAUGACUGUUCUGUUCCUCUUCCGCAUCAUGGUGCUGGGUGCCAGCAUCGAGAGCGUCUGGGGGGACGAGCGGUCCAAUAUGGUAUGUGACACCACGCGUACGGGCUGCGAGAGCAUGUGCUACAACUGGAUGUUCCCCAUCUCUCAUGUGCGCUUCUGGGUGCUGCAGAUCAUCUUCGUGUCCGUCCCGACCCUGCUCUACCUGGGCCACGCCAUGCACGUCAUCUCCAAGGAGAGGAAGCUGCGUGAGCAACUGAAGAAAGAUGAGGCGUCCUUGGUCGUCAAGAGACCGAAGUACACGGACGAGAGCGGCAAGGUGUACAUCAGAGGGGUGCUCCUGCGCACCUACAUGGCUCAGCUGUUCUUCAAGAUCCUGCUGGAGGUGGGCUUCAUCCUGGGCCAGUAUUACCUCUACGGCUUCUUCAUGAUGCGCGAAUUCGACUGCAAACAGUAUCCUUGCACCAAGACGGCGCAGUGCUUCGUAUCCCGGCCGACUGAGAAGACGGUCUACAUCAUCUUCCAGUUGGUGGUGGCCUGCUUUUCUGUGUUCCUCUGCAUCCUGGAGGGCUUCUACCUGCUCUGCAAAAACAUGAAGAGCCGGAGUAGCCCCACUAUCCACCACCACCAGCCUCUCCUGAGCCCGGCUCCAGGCUCCGGAACCACCACCCCUCUACCCCAUUGGCAGCCACACAUGGUUGCCAUGGAAACCAUUCACCAGAACAACACCAAUGCCUCCUACGAAGGCGAGAAGCGUCUAUGAUUCCGAAGUCACUGAGGGGACAUUUAUUGCUGGUCAGCAAGGUGUGAAUGACAAUAUGACAUUGUUAUCGUUCAGGGGUUCAUGAUGUCUCAUUUUUUCCACAAAUUUUCACUGCUCUGUGUUGUUUUUAGGUCAUAGAGGUGUGGAAAUUUGGGGGUCCACAUCGUGUGCAGAGUGUGUGUCUUACAGUAUAUGUGUCCCAAAACAAGUUUCAUUUCACUACAUUCAGUGUUUUUUUGUUUUUUCCCCUUAUAAAGCACUUUAUGAGGUAGAUGUGUUACUAUUAAGUUGAUUGUGUAUGUUCUUUUAAGAUUAGCAUUUGUAUGACAUGACUAUACUUGACUGACUGGGUUUUGCAAUAGGCCUACUACCAACAUACUAUCCUGACAUCUCAAAAAAUCUCUUAUCCCUUUAGAUAAAUUACAGUUUGCCAUGUCUUUUGAGUUUGCCAUGUUUUUAGAGCUUGCCAUGUCUUUUGAUUUUGGUUUUGUCUUGUCAGUGUCCUAUUUCUUACUCGGUGUGUGUGGAUUUGUGAUAAUUUCCCAGUUACUUCCCUUUAGUGUGUUUGAAUGAAUAAAGUUCUUCUGAAUUCUGUCCGUGGACAUUAGCUCUGUGGAUUACUUCCUGGGUUUUGGUGAAACGGGAGGGACAGAGGAAGCCAUGACACACUCUCCACCAGUGACACUGGCACAUACAGUACUAUUUCAUGUGGCGUCAAGCACCUUCAAACACUGAACAUUUCAACUCAUUUCAAGCAGGUGCACGUGUGUGUCAUCCGGUGGCAAACAGUUGACAUGUAGGGCCUAGUGUACAUAAAGACGCCACUGUUUUAUGCCUGUUACCAGAAGUCAUGCUUCACUUCAAAAUGGAACUUGUUUUACUUUGCGGUGAAACAUGCUGAUUAAAAGGGGUAAAUGGACUGGAGAUAAACAUGAUGCCACACCUUUUCUGCUUCAAUUAUCAGGAUUUGUCUGGUUUGGUUCUUUAUGAUGUUAACACCCUGCAAUAUGGCAAAGGUCAAUGCCACUACUCCCCCAAAUCAUUACAUAUUGCCACAGGGUGGCAGUAAAGCAACACAACAUAGAGAGAGAUCAGUUUUGAAGAUUUGAAAAUGGACAGUGGAAAAGGACUGAAAUGGACAGUAGUUUUCUAUUUGUGAGUACACUGCUGGGCCAUACUGGACUUUCAGAACGCAGUAUCCCUCCAUACUGGUAAACUGAGAAAAAAAGGCUUUAAAGUUUCCUUUCUGGGCGCGCAACUGUGUUGGAGGUAAAGUGAUGAUGACACUUCCAUAUAAUACUUUUUUAUGGUGGAAAUGUAUGCACACAAGAAAAAAACAAA